AUGUCCCCCGCAUGGGCUGCUUCCCCCUCUUCCGCCUCCGCUUUCCCCCAGGCGGGGGUAUACCCUCCGCUAAGACCGUUCUUCGCGCCCAUCAGCCCCGCAACCGCCGGAACCGCAGCCUCUUCCGCAACUUCCGCCGCAGUUGGCGCCACAUCAACUGGCGCAAGCGGCGGCGGAGCGGGAAUUGCGGGGCAAGGCGCAGGGGGGCAGACCACGGGUGGGGAAGGCUUACGGGGGUUUUCCGCCGGUACUGGAUGGACGGGGGCGGGGGGAAUCGUUCCUAGGGGCAUGCCAGGCGGGUUGGCGCAAGGAACGGCUGGGAUCGGGGGAAUGGCGCAAGGCAUCUCGGGGAUUGGCGGAAUGGCGCAGGGAACGGGGGGAAUGAGGGGAAUGACGCAGGGACCCGCGGGGAUGGGCGGAAUGAGCGGUGGGGGGAUGGCUGGUUCUGCGCUGGUGCUGCCCGGGACUGGUGGCAUGGGGGGGCAGGGCGGGGGCGGUGUGGGGCAGGGCGGGAUGGGGCAGGGCGGAGUGGGGCAGGGCGGAGUGGGGCAGGGUGCGGGCGGUGUGGGGCAAGGCGGAGUGGGGCAGGGCAGAGUGGGGCAGGCGGGAUGGGUGCUGGCGCAGCAGGCUGCUGCCUCUGGCGGGAGGAUGAUGGCCUCCGCGCAAGGGGGAGCGCCAGCGGCGCAGGGGGGAGUACAAGGGGCGCAAGGGGGAGUACACGGGGCGCAGGGGGCGCAGGGGGGCGUGCAAGGGGCGCGGGGGGGCGUGCAAGCGGGAUUGCGCUAUCCACUGCCAGUUCACCUUCUCACCCCCUCCUUCCCCUUCCCCAACCGUUUCCCCACCUCAUCUUCCCCCUUUUCCCGCUCUUUGCUUGCAGCGUGGGGACCUGCAGCUUCCACCAGAGAUUCUCAACUCUAUCACUCCUCCCCCUCUGCCGCCCAACCUUAG